AUGGCUAGCCCGUCAUGUAUGGAGAAGGGUGAGCGCAAGCGACAAUAUGCUGCCCUUGGCCGUGCUGUUCACAAAAGCUGCUCCCCUCAACUUCUCGCAAAAUACCAGCUAUGUUCUGACAGUGAGAGAUGGAGUAUGCUCAAGCAGUGGUUGCUGAGCGACGGCAAAGUGGACGACAUCACGGUUGAAGAGCGGUACACAAGGUGGACGGAGCAGCUUCGUUCAGACCGAUACGUGACCGUCACGAAACUACAACUCUACAAAACCUACGGAAAGAGUUCAGCAGCCAAAAAGUUCAUAGAGGAAAUCCUGAAAGGACAAGUUGGAGUUCCACACCCGCGAUGUCCAAAUCUUGAGGAGGCCAAAAUGUACAAGGUGCUUAAGGAAGUUGCUGAGAAUACCACGUCAGGUAUGAGGGGAGACUCUAGCUUGAUGGUAGGCGGCAGAGUCCGGUCAGCGUCCAUGAAAGAAAUGAUAGCCAAGCAGCUGAACAUUGGCCUCCAAAGCUUGGAAGCACAAGGGUUGAUGGACCUCAAGACAGGGCGCAUUCAAAGCAAGAAACCAAAGAAAGAGAAAUCACCAGCUCAGCUAGCGCUGACGGAAGCGAAGAACCUUGCUAGUAAGUGGAAGAAAAUCGUGAAAGAUAUCCCCCAAUGCUUGGAAGAUUUCAAGACCUAUGGGAUCAGGAACUCCAGCGAACUGGAACGGGCGCUUUCGACACAUCUCGCCACUUCUGAGAAGCUUCGCGAUGAUGCAGUUACAAAAAGCAACACUCCGCUGAGUGAUGUCGACCCUGAAGAUAUGUAUUCAUGGGUUGAAGAUAAGAAGUCUCAGCUAGCAGUUGUAGAGCAAGAUGUCCGUGACGCUAAGAGGCGUGUGUCAGCAUGCAAGAAGCCAAAGAAGAGUAAGGCAAAGGCUGAACACGAUGGAAGCGAUCCAAGUUCAAGUGAUGGGCCCGAUGAAAAAUAG